GGUUGCCCAAACAAAACCCAAAUCCAGAUAAAGGCCCUGAUUUUUAGCCCCACUGUCUUCUCCUCUCUCCUCUCUCUCUCUCUCUCUCUCUCUCUCUCCUCUCCUGGACUCGGCAGUCAAAGGUCAGCCCCUAAAUUACUGUGGGACCCUCAGCAAUUCCUCUUUCCCCCCUCUUUCUCUCUCACAGAAUCUCCGCGACGACAGCUGCAAGCCUCCAAUGCCCAAAACCCAAAUCCCUAGAAUUCACUGAUACUUUGUCCUCCCUUCAAUUCGAUCUCUUGCUCGAUCGGUCAAUGCCGAUAUGGUCAGAGAACCUUAAAUAGGCAUUUAUUUAUGGAUAUGAUUUGUCCAAAAUCGGGUUACUUGUAGAUCACUGCUUUUGAGAUUGUUUCUUGAGUAAGUUAAACUAGGUUUUGAGGAAGAAGCUAUUUGUUGAUAUGAGCUGGUUCCCUUGGGCCUGAGUAAUGGCGGGAAGUGUGAGAUUUGAGAUGAGUUCUGCCAGUCCAGAGGAGUUGGCCUUUGCAGGGGCCUACCCAAAUGGGCUGAGGGGAAAUUACCCUGGUGCCAGUUUGGAUAGGUCUGGAAGCUUCCGUGAGGGUAGUGAGAGUCGGAUGUUUAGUUCUGGUGGUAGUACGCCCAGGAGCAGUGCUUCUUUGACAGGGAAUUUGCCUCCAUUGCCUCAGUGCUUGAUGUUAGAUCCUAUUACAAUGGCAGAUCAGAAGUGUCCUUCGUUAGGUGAGUUAAGGAGGGUUCUGGGAGUAUCUUUUGGGGGAACUGCAGAAGACAAUGCAUUUGGAGCAGCUCAUCUAAAGCCUCACCCUCCAGUGGCUACAGAGGAACUGAAGUGGGUCAAAGCCAGCGUGCUAGAUGCCUCAAACAAGGCCAGGGUUAGAGCAAAACGGUUGGAUGAAUCUAUAGACAAAUUGAACAGGUACUGUGAAGCUUUAAACUUAAAGAAGCAGCAAAGGAAUGAGUUUAUAACAAACGAAAGAUCAGGUGGGUCAAACUUGCCGAAGAUGGGAGCUCAGAUGAAUCGAAACUCUUCAGAUCUUAUGAAUCAAAGGCUGGAAGACAGGACUAAGACCGUCGUGAUGAAUAGACGUGUUCGCUCAUCGGUCACAGAAAUAAGGGCUGAAGGCAGAAGUAAUAUGCUCACAAGGCAGCCUGUGGUCAUGGGAAAAGAUAGGGAUAUGCUUAGAGGUGAAGGCUCUGAUGUUGUUGAGGAAAAGAUUCGCAGACUGCCUGCUGGAGGGGAAGCAUGGGAUAAGAAGAUGAAAAGGAAGCGUUCUGUAGGCACUGUAUUUUGCAGACCCAUGGAUGGUGAUGCAGAGCUAAAACGAAACUUGCAUCAUAAGCCUACUGAUGAGCCUGGUCCCCAAGCUAGUGAUGCUCAAGGUUUCAGAUCAGGGUCAUUUAAUGGUGGUAAUGGCAUUAACAAGUUAGACUCUAAUUCCUUGUCUGCCAAUGCUAAUGCCCGUGUUGUGCUCAAGAAUGAGCCGGACAAGGUCUCUCUUUCAAGGGAUUUAAUGGCUGGGUUGAGUAAGGAGCGACUUGGAUCAAAGGGAAACAAUAAAUUAAAUGUUCGUGAGGAUAGUCAAAUACCCAGUCCUACUCCAGUGACAAAAGGAAAGGCUUCAAGGGCACCAAGAAAUGGCCCUAUCACAGCAAGCAACUCAUCUCCUAGUUUUCCUCGUACAUCUGGAACACCUGAGGGAUGGGAACAACCUGCAACUGUAAACAAAAAUCAUUCCAUAAGUGGGGCUAUCAAUCGCAAGCGUCCUAUGCCCACAGGAUCAGCCUCACCCCCCAUGGCUCAAUGGGUUGGUCAGAGACCACAAAAAAUCUCUCGAACCAGAAGAUCAAAUCUAGUGUCUCCUGUGUCAAACCAUGAUGAACUGCAGAUACCCUCAGAAGGCUAUUCCCCUUCUGAUGCUGGCGCUAGGUUAAAUUCUUUUGGAACCAAUGGGCUGCUUCAAAAGAGUGUUUCAAAUUGUGCCCACCAAAUUAGAGUUAAACAAGAAAUUGUUUCAUCUCCUGCCAGAUUAUCCGAAAGUGAAGAAUCUGGUGCUGGUGAAAACCGUGAAAGUAGAUUGAAAGAGAAAGGACCAGGUGGUGGUGAAGUAGAUGAUAGAGCUGCGACUGCUGUACAGAAUACUGGUUCUUCCCUAUUGCCUACAAAGAAGAAUAAACUGCUCAAUAAAGAGGAAAUUGGAGUUGGUGUGCGGAGACAGGGAAGGAGUGGUAGGGGUUCAUCCGUUUCUAGGGCUAGCACCGUAGCUACUAGGGAAAAAUUGGAGACUCCAGCCUCCGCAAAGCCACUUAAAAGUAUGAGGCCUGGUUCUGAGAGGAAUGGAAGUAAGUCAGGACGCCCUCCUCUGAAGAAGCUGUCAGAUCGGAAGGCCUUUGCUUGUCCAGGGCAUAUAUCAACCAACGGUUCUCCUGAUUUUGCAGGUGAAUCGGGUGAUGACCGUGAAGAACUUUUAGCAGCUGCAGCUUUUGCUUGUAAUUCCAGAAAUUUUGCUUGUUCUAGUUCAUUUUGGAAGAAAAUGGAACCAAUCUUUGGUCCUGUCAGUUUAGAGGAGGCAUCUUACUUGAAGGAGCAGCUCAUAUGUAUGGAGGAGAAUGAUGAAUGCAUAUCUCUGAUGUUUGGCAAUGGAAGUAAUGUUUCGGGUGAUAUUGUGCAUGAAGAAAAUUUUGCGUCCAAGACUCUUGCUUCUGGAUCAAAAGAGAGGAACUUGCAAGACCAUAUUCAAAAUGGAGGUAUAUCACGUGGAAGAUUAGACUCCGAAGGAAUGAAGAAAGUGCCUCCACUGUACCAAAGAGUAUUGUCAGCUCUAAUCAUGGAAGAUGAAAUUGAAGAUUUUGAAAAAGACAUUGACUGGAGAACUAUGUCUUUACAAUAUAACAGAGAUGUUUCUUCCACUAAUGUUGAGCCAAGGAACAGGGUCGGGAUUCAGUUUGCAAACGAAACCAAUUUGGGUCCUCAGACUCUCAAUCAAUGUUCCGUUGACAGUCUCCCCUGCAAUGGGACUAGUGGCUUUGCUAAUGCCACAGGAAUCUGUAAUCAAAUACUUGCAGAUGAUUUGUCGAAAGUAGAUUUUGCAGUAUUGCAUUCAGGGAGUGGGCUGUUCCCUGCGUUUUCUGAAAAUGGUUGCCCAUAUGAGCAGAUGUCUCUGGAGGAUAGACUCUUGUUGGAGCUGCAAAGUGUUGGCCUAUAUCAAGAAACAGUGCCUGAUCUAUCAGAUGGAGAUGAUGAAGCAAUUGAUCAAGAUAUUGUUGGACUACAGAAGCUACUUCACCAACAGGUUGAUGGGAAGAAGAAGCAGUUGAACAAAUUUAUUAAAGCAAUUGAAGAAAGCAUGGACAUUGAAAGACGGCGGCGUGACCAGGUUGCCAUGGACCAGCUUGUCGAGUCGGCUUACAGAAAGCUUCUGGCCACUCGAUAUAAGAUUGCUAAGGUUCCCAAACAUGUUGCUGUUGCUUAUAUGAAGAGGACUCUUGCUAGAUGUCGCAAAUAUGAAGAAAAUGGAAUAAGUUGCUUUAAUGAGCCUGCACUUCGAGAUGUCAUUUUCGCUGCACCGCUUCACGGAGGCAAUGUGGAACCCAUGAAAUGCAAUGGCUUAAGUUUGCCACCUGAAAAUCAAAACUCUCACCAAGAGCCCGUGGUGUCAGGUUCUUCCAAUUGGGCGGAGCAGCAUGAUCAUCUUAACAAGUAUGGCAGAGAUUCUGAUGGUACUUUUGGAAGUCUUACCCAUCGCUCUACGAAGGACUUUGCUAAAAAUGGACCAUUAUUUUACAGAGGGAAAAAGAAGGAAGUUCUGCUAGAUGAUGUUGGCAGUCCUUCCUUGAAAGCUGCAUCAAAUCCUGGUACUAUGCUGGGCCGAGCAAAAGGGAAAAGAAGUGAGAGAGAAAGGGACAAAGAUGUAUCAGCCAGAAAUUCUGUUGCCAAAGCUGGCCGCCAAUCAUUGGGUAACAGUAAGGGUGAACGUAAAACGAAAACAAAGCCCAAGCAGAAGACAGCUCAGCUCUCAACUUCAGGAAAUGGGUUGGUUAGCAAUGUCGCUUCAGCUAGUGGUUUUAUUGAAGUUGUUGGCAAUAGUAAUAACAGAAAACGAGAGGUUGGGCCAGUACGCUAUAAUGACAAUCAUGAGGGUCCUACAGAGACCAAGAAACAGAUAGAUAGUGCAAACUUGCAGUUGAAUGAAUUAGACCCCAUAGAACUAGGAGUAGACAAUGACCUCGAUGGGAAUCAAGAUCUGAGUACUUGGUUGAACUUUGAUGAGGAUGGUUUGCAAGACCAUAUCGCGGAGGGGCUUGACAUACCUAUGGAUGACCUCUCGGAUUUAAAUAUGCUUCUGUGAGAACAGCACACUGUAUAUUUCCUUGGAUUGUUUGACAUUUAGACAAGAUUGAUGGUGUUAUUGUCAGAGGGCAACCUGCUAAUAUAAGUUAUGGCUCUGGCAAACAGGCACAUGUAAUUAUGGCCAUUUUUUUGUAUACUUAUCUAAAGAAGUUAUAUAAAAAAAAGGAAAACAAAAACAAAUCCCAAUUGUUUAUGCCAUGCUGAUAAAUUCUCCUGUCAUAACAAAUAACAGUUUUCUUUUGAACCGUAGUUUGUUUCUUUCAUUUCUGUUUUCUCUAGCAUUUAUGACUUCUUCUAUUAAGAAUAUAUUUAAGUGCUUACUGAGGUGAUAGCUACUUUCCUUCCAAUUUUAAAUGACUUUGAGAUACUCUGUGUCACAGUUAUUCUGCAGAUGUGCACUAAUGAGUAUGUUUUGUGUCAGUGUGUUUGACGAGUGGGUUAUCUAUUUGGUUAACUAGAGUGGGUCUACACCUGAUAGGGAGUCUUGAUUGUUGUUGUCAAGUUGUUUAUUGUUGCUGUCAAGUUGUUUAUGAGCUUAUCUCCUAACAACUUUUGCUCUUGGGCUUAACGUUACUUGGUAUUUGUUUUGCUACUAGAAAAUGGGAAGUUUUUCUGGUUUAUUUCUGUUUCGGGAGCUGUUACAGUCAAGACCUCUGCAUUUAUAGGUCGGAUUUUUGGGAGAUGCUCGUCCUGAAUAUAGAUCGCAAGUUUUUGUGCCAGGUUCUUCAUUUUUACUGUAAGAUGCUAAGCAGGUGUUGUGUAAUAGCUACGGAAUAUGCUUACUCUCCUUGCCCUAUAACCUGGUUGGAAUAGUUAUACAGAUCAGGAAGUUGGAAUUGUUCUGGGGCUCCUACUAUAUAUUCUUUCUUAUUUGCAUGACUAGUUUUGUUUUUAUUUUAUGGUUAUGAUACUUUGAUUAUUCACUUCCUGUUGAGGAUCAUUACUCAUUAGCUUGUUUAUAGAAUUAUUAAUCUAUUUAAAUAAAAGUAGAUUCAUUCAAUAGUGAGAAACCAUUGUUCUUCUUGCGUUUAUUACAUUGGAAAUUGUUUCUCUUUGCAUUGUUCUAUGAUUAUUCUUUCCUUUCCUGAACUGUCUUUGUCAUUCCUUCCUUAAAAGUUGAAACAAUAUUUGCUUAUAAAUCCAUAUAGAGGCUUGAUUGCAUUUUUUCCGGCCCUGCACUUUACACUUAAGAUUUUCUUUGAUCCCUGUGAUUACCCUUACCUUUUCUAAUAAUUUUGAAUUCAUCCAGUUUGACAAUUCUGCCAGAAAAGUAGGCAAAACAUGCAAACCUAGGUCACUGACUGAUGUCGUCCUCCCCUCCUUCCUUGUUGCUCCUGUCUUUUCUCUGAAGGUCAACUUUUUGUUCUGGACAUCUUGUAUGCCCUCCAAUAUAUUUUCUUGUUCUUUUUAAGUCUUUAAACUACAUAUUGUCUAUAUGCAAUGUCAUGUACUUUGGAUUUAGUUUUCUGAUUCUUUUUUCGCCAUAGAUACUAUAGUGCUAUGCGUUUGGAGAUAACAAGAGAGGUUUUACUGAUUUAAGUACUUGCAGUGGGAGUCUGAAAUGGUGGUUUAAAUGCAAAUUAUGCUUUGCGUUAUAUGGCUGUAGGUGAACUAUGACUGUUUUGUGCAAACCUGAGGUAGGUAUGUAGUGUGAUGAUUGAUGUAGGAGAGCUCUGAAGUUCUGUGGGAGUGUUAGAGUGUAAGAUUCAUAUUCUGAGUAGUUUUAAGGACUACGCGUAGCAAGUUGUAAAAUGGAAAAUGUUUCCAGAAGUUUUAAUGGCUUAAAACUUAGCAUGAGGGGAGGUCCACGAGUUUUCUGGUGCAGCAACUGGGUAAGAUGAUGUUGGCUUCUAGAGUUAGGGAUGGGAUAAAUAUGGAUUGUAGGGUUUUAAUAAAAGAAGUGAUGAGAGAGUGUUAGUCAAGGAUGAAAGGUAAGUGAAUAGAACCCGAAGAACAGUUUUUUCAUUCUUUGUGCAUUUAAAUGCGUAAGUGAUGAUCCAUCUUCCUGCGUUCUCAAAAUAGGAUUUGUAAAGGGUGUGUCAGAGCUGGAACCCAGCUUCGAUGGGCUUGAAUUUGCUUCCACCUGGAUAUUUGUGUUGUGCUUUCAACCGGGUAGCACAUCAUAAAAAAGUUGCAAUAUGCUUUUUGUGACUUUGCUCACAAGAUAAAAUGAUAGACCCGAAUAAUAGUUCCGAGAAUGUACCUUUAAGUAUGUACCUUAUAUCAAACAUGUAAGUUUUUCUAGAUCUUCAUCAUGGACUUCAGGAAUUCCAUGCUUUUAGAUGUCUUGCUGAAUCUGAAACUUGUUAUGAAGUGUGCAAACCACCAAUGAAUGAAUAAGAUAUGGAGGAGCUUCACAAAGUGACAAACACAGUUUCCUUUCACUGUAUAAUUUGUUGGCAGCAGUCCCUCGUGCUUGACCCUUGCUCCAAACGCUUAAUAUGCUUGGAAGAACAUUCAAUGGUGGGACAGUAGAUUUCCUUGAAAA